AUGUCCAGCUCAAACGACAUUCAGCUUGCCUACAAAGGGCGGAUCGCCAUCAUCACCCUCAACAGGCCAUCAAAGCUCAAUUCAUUAACCGGAGACCUGUACUAUGAGCUUGGCCAGAAGAUGCGCGAAGUCGCCGAGCGCGAUGACAUCUUCAUCACCGUCCUCACCGGAAACGGCCGCUUCUUUUCUGCAGGCGCCGAUGUCCACACCACCCGCCCCGCUAUUGGCAACGACGAUGUCCGUCGCCAGCUCGCCCGCAAUUUCGCCAUCAACAACCUCGACAUAACCCGCACCUUUUACAACCACCCCAAGAUCCUCGUCGUGGCCCUCAAUGGUCCCACCGUCGGUCUUUCAGCUGCCCUAACAGCAUUCGGAGACUUCAUCUACGCCGCUCCGCACACGUUCCUUCUCACCCCGUUCUCAUCCCUUGGCCUCGUUGCCGAAGGCGGCGCUAGCAGAGCGCUGGUCGAGCGUCUCGGUAUCUCCAAAGCCAACGAGGCGCUGAUUAUGAGCAAGCGCAUUCCGAUAGAGGAUUUGGUGUCGACAGGAUACGUUAAUAAGGUGAUUAAGCCUGCGAGUGGGAGACCCGACGAUUCUGAGGGGUUCCUAAAGUUGGUGUUAGAAGAGGUGGAGGAGCGCUUGGGCGCGCAUUUGAAUCAGGACAGCAUGGUGAAGAUGAAGAGUUUGAUUCGGAUGCAUGAGCGGGAGAUUCUGGAUCGUCAGAAUGUGCAUGAAGUCUUUAUGGGAAUGGAGAGGUUUUUGAGCGGAAUUCCGCAGGAGGAGUUCAGAAAGCUUGCGUCUGGAGAGAAGAAGCACAAGCUGUGA